AUGAGGUGGAGUUCCUUGCUGAAGGCAGCCGUCCUGUACAGGGCAAUCUUUAGUCCCUUGGUUUCUGGUGCAGUGCUUCCUCGCGGCGCCGUUCCAACCGCUUCGGAUUCAAGUCUUGUUUCGAUCCUGUCUAGUGCUGCCAAUGAUUCUUCAAUCAAAAGCGAGGCUCAGAGCACUGCCUCCUCAAUCGCGUCAAAAAUCGACGAGACUGAGAACAGUCGCUCGACGAAGGACGAUGAGUCUGUGCAGGACGCCUUCGACAAGAUUCAAUCCAUCUUUGCAGAUGGCACUCCUGAUUUCUUGAAAAUGGCGCGUGAAAUCCUCACGGUGGGAUUGAUACCGGCCGACAUUCUCUCUUUCUUGAAUGGCUACCUCAACUUGGAUCUCAACUCGAUUCACAACCUGAACCCCAGUCCGAAGGGCCAAGCCAUUUACCCGGUCAAAGCUCCAGGAGAUGCCCGUUACUCAGUCGCAGAAAAUGCACUGCGAGCAGCGAUUCAUAUCCCCACCUCGUUCGGCUAUGGUAAGAAUGGAAAGAAGCCUGUGAUUCUGGUUCCCGGAACUGCUACACCCGCUGGGACGACUUAUUACUUCAACUUCGGCAAGUUGGGAAGCGCCGCAGAUGCUGACGUGGUUUGGCUCAACAUCCCCCAGGCCUCGCUGAAUGACGUUCAGAUCAACUCUGAAUACGUCGCUUAUGCAAUCAAUUAUAUUUCGGCCAUUUCAGAAUCCAACGUCGCGGUUCUUUCAUGGUCCCAAGGCGGACUGGAUACUCAAUGGGCCCUGAAGUACUGGCCAUCUACCCGAAAAGUGGUUGAUGAUUUCAUCGCCAUCAGCCCUGAUUUCCACGGGACGGUCGUGAGGUCACUUGUGUGCCCGUGGCUGGCAGCGCUUGCCUGCACUCCGUCGCUGUGGCAGCAGGGGUGGAACACAGAGUUUAUCAGAACUCUGCGAGGCAACGGAGGGGACUCUGCAUAUGUUCCCACAACCACCAUCUAUUCCACAUUCGAUGAGAUCGUACAGCCUAUGAGCGGCAGCCAGGCGUCCGCCAUCCUUUCAGACUCCCGGGCUGUCGGCGUAUCUAAUAACCACCUACAGACCAUCUGCGGCGGCAAGCCUGCAGGAGGGGUUUACACUCAUGAGGGUGUCUUGUACAACCCACUCGCAUGGGCAUUAGCGGUUGAUGCGCUAACCCAUGAUGGCCCGGGCGAUCCGUCACGGCUGGAUCUUGACGUAGUAUGCGGGCGUGCGCUACCACCCCAGCUUGGCCUAGAUGAUUUGCUAGGCACAGAAGGACUGCUGCUUAUCGCAUUAGCAGAAGUUCUUGCAUAUAGGCCCAAAACCUUUGGCGAGCCAGCCAUUGCGAGCUACGCUAAUUGA